GCCUCCCCUUCCUCGGCAGCCCUGUCCAGCCCGGGGUGCUCCAGAGGCUCAGCGCCAGCGGGGCUCCAUGGCUGAGCGAAAGAGGCGGCGGCCAUAACUCGGGGCUGCUGCUGCUGCUGGACGAAGAGCCGCUGCGAUGUCAGGGUGCGGCAUGGAGGCGGAUUACCCCGCCUUCGAGAACCCGCUCUGCGGAGAGCUCAAGCACAUCUGCAAAAGGCUCAAAGAGACCUACAAGGAGAUCAAGGAGGACCUCACCCCGUACAAGGAUGAUCGCUACUACAGUGAUGGGGUUAAGACGUCUUUCCCUUUAGGACUGUUGCAUCAGAGGCUGGCUCCAAUGCGAUUGUAUACACUGUCCAAGCGCCACUUUGUCUUGGUCUUUGUUGUCUUCUUCGUUUGUUUUGGUUUGACUCUCCUAAUAGGUAUUGCAGGUCCCCAUGUCAUUGAUUCCGUUCAUGAAACACCUCAGUUGAAUAAUGGAUCCAAGAUAAGUCUGUUAAAAUUCAGUUCACAACCAUUAUCUACUUAUAAAUUCAGUUCACAACCAUUGUCUACUUAUAAUCAGCAGUUAUGGCUAACAUGUGUAGUGCAGUUGGAAGAACCUUACGAUAAUAAAUGGAAAGCCCAGUUUAAUAUGUCGGUUACAGUAUGUGGUAUAACAGAGAAUGCAAGCAUACGAUAUUUCAACAAGGAAAAUUACACCAGCACAAGGACGCUCAACUGUGCGCAGCAAUGUGCUGAAUUUAUUGUGGUUCAUCUUGGUUACCUGAACUACAUUCGCUAUGUGAUCACUGUCGACUUUGGGAAACUUUCGCAUGACUACCAUGUCAAGAGUUACAACUUCACAUGGAAAACAUAUAACCCAGCCUUCUCGCAAGUGGAAAUCUGGUUCCGAUUUGUCUUUGUAGUUCUCACUUUCAUAGUCACAUGUCUCUUUGCUCACUCCCUGCGCAAGUUCUCCAUGCGAGACUGGGGAAUAGAGCAGAAGUGGAUGUCUAUCCUCCUUCCCCUGCUAUUGCUUUAUAAUGAUCCAUUUUUCCCCCUCUCGUUCCUGAUCAACAGUUGGUUUCCUGGAAUGCUAGACGACCUCUUUCAGUCACUAUUCUUGUGUGCAUUGCUGCUGUUCUGGCUCUGUGUCUACCAUGGGAUCAGAGUGCAGGGAGAAAGGAAGUGCAUAACAUUCUAUUUUCCUAAAUUCCUUAUUGUUGGUCUUCUGUGGUUGGCUUCUGUAACAUUAGGAAUAUGGCAGACUGUCAAUGAACUACAUGACCCAACAUACCAGUAUGGGAUUAACGGAAAUAACUUUCAGGGAAUGAAAGUCUUCUUCCUUGUGGUGGCAACGGUGUACAUUUUGUAUCUUCUCUUCCUGAUAAUCAGGGCCUGCUCAGAACUCCGUAACAUGCCCUACGUUGAUCUCAGGCUGAAAUUCUUGACUGCGUUGACAUUUGUUGUGCUUGUCAUUAGCAUCGCUAUACUUUAUCUGCGCUUUGGAGCACAGGUUCUACAGGACAACUUUGUGGCUGAACUGUCAAUUCAUUAUCACAACUCUGCAGAAUUCUUAUCAUUCUAUGGCUUGUUGAAUUUCUACCUGUACACAUUAGCCUUUGUGUAUUCUCCAUCAAAAAAUGCCCUGUAUGAGUCUCAAUUGAAAGACAACCCUGCCUUCUCCAUGCUGAACGACUCAGAUGAUGAUGUGAUUUAUGGGAGUGACUAUGAAGAAAUGCCACUUCAGAAUGGCCAAGCUAUCAGAGCCAAAUUCAAUGAAGAAUCGGACAGCGAUUAAAGUUUGUGUAGAAAUGGCCCACAAUAUGAGAACAAGAAGAAAUUUUCACUUCUCUCCUAUGUUCCUCCCAUGUCUACUGUGAACUGUCCAUUGCCUUCUGUGGAAGAAUUUUCUGUUUCUCCUUUUCUGUUUACAUACCUAAAACUGAACAGGGAUGGGGAGAGAAUAAUUUUUAGAUAAGAUUUAUUUUUUAAAAUCCCCGAAGUAUGCUUUGAACACCUCUGCUAAUAACACUAAUUUUAGAAAACACUUGUGAUGGGAUGCUGCAAGACCAGUUUACUAAAUCAAAGGGGCUUUGGGAGGGUCUUAAUUUAUUGUGAAUUGAUCACUGAUAAUACCCUGAUUUCCUAAUUGCUGCAUAACUAUUUACAUUGUGGUUAAUAUUUAGCAAUUUACUUUCUCCCUCCUCCAAGGUAAUGGAGUCGCAAUCUGGUGGAGGGGGGCAGUGAAGGUGCCUCAUCUCCCAGCAUCUUAUUACUCAGAAAUUGGAAACUGAUUGGCACUUCUUUCCCGUUGAGAACCUUCAGUUUCUAUGUCCUUAUUUCAGGGAUGGAGAGGUGGCAGGUAGGAAUCACAGUUGUGAUUCAACACUGUUUGUGACUUGAGUUCAUAAAAUGAAGGAGAUUAUUUUUUUCCAGUUACCUGAAAAAUGCAUUGUUUUGCAAACACUGCAUUAGGCACAACUUUUGAGAUCAAUGUAGUUUUUUAUAAUUGUAUUAGGAGUGCAAAAUAAUUUGAAAGACAGAAUUGUUUUGAGACUGCUUUACAUCAAAACAACAAUAACAUUCAAAUAGUUAGAUUACAGAUUUUAGUGAAAAGCAUAGCCUUGCACCUGAGUAUCUUCUGCAUAUUUUAAAUGAGUGGGUGCUAGUUUUUUUGUUUCGUUUUUAUGAAAGGGAACAAUAUGUAGCUUAAACACACAUUCUCUUAAAUGCUCUCUAGAUCUUUUUCUGAAUAUUUUAAGUGAUUUGGUCUUUAAUAACUAGUAACAUAAUGUAACACACAAUGUUUUGGGUGAGUACUUUGGUGGGCUCUUAGACAUCCUAAUUUUAUUGGGUGAGAUCCAAUUUGUUGGACUAAAUCUGUGUUGGCAAUGUGAAGUAGACUUUUCAGAUUCAAGUGGAUUACAAUGCUCUGCAAGAAUUAUUGGAAACAAGACAACGUGUUAUGAUUGUGUGUAGGCCACUUGAAAUAGCCUUUGAAUGAUGGCUGUCACAGGCGCUGACUGUAAUGUGAAAUGGAUCAUCUCUUAACAUGCACACACUGGGAGCAAGUCACUCUGUGUGUUACUUCAAUGGUGUGAUGAUUGUGAGGUGUGGACUUAGUCACAAUUGGUUUAAUAAAAGGUUUAAUCUAAGCCAUUUUAGAUCCUGUCUGUUUUGGAGAGAAGUAUUUAUUUUUUCUCAUCUUCAGACAUGCCUAACAUGGCUGCUUUCACAAAUAGUGUGUGUUCUUUGCUUGUCUAUGCCGAAAAUGUACUCCCUCCUGAACCUCAGAGGGUUUACCAGAAUAGUGGUGCCAAUCACAGUUUAUUGGGAAUGUGUCUUUACUGUCCUGCCUUGGUUCUAAAUGGGUUCUGUGAAUUGGUACAAUAAUAGAUUUUAUUUGAGAGAAUUACUUAAGAGAAUUUGCCAGUAUUUGUAUGCACUUUUACAAGCUCAUGUUCCUAUUCAUAAUUAACUUCAGUAGGUUCAUCUAGUGUAAACACUUCAAGCUGUUAUACUAUAGAGAAAAAUAGCAUUGACCAAUAUAAAAGAUACUAAGAUGGAUGAACCCUGUUUAAAUUGAAUGUAAAAGUUCCGUGCAUUUCCACUGGUCACACUUGAAUUACUACAAAUUUGUAUCUCUUGCUUUGCAAACUUUGUCGUGAUAUACUGCAAGCUACAGGAAUGGUUUAAUUAGUGUUUCAUUCUACAGUUAUUGGUUCAAUUCAUAGGCUGUGUAAGUAUGCUUGGGUGGAUAUAGAUCUGGAGGUCACCGACUCUUCCAUAUAUGCAAGAAGUUACAGUGGGAAGAGUGUGUGCACCAAACACUGCACACAGUACUUUGGAUCCCUGCCAUUACUUUGGACAAAUAAUUUUACAAGGUUAUAUACUGUGAAGGAUUAGUUUGGUUAUUUUUGGAAGUCAAUGUCUUCACUAAGGUGCAAUGCAUUUUCCAUAACAAAAGAUCUAGUUAUGUAGUAAUAUGAUAAACUAAAUAUACUUCAUUUUUGCUAAAAGUCAAACUUUUGGCACACCAUAUCAAUGACUCUGUUCUGUGACAGUUAAUGUGUUAGAGUGCGAGUAUAAGUUAGCACAAUGAAGAUUUUUUUUUUUGCAGUAAAUUAAAGCGAAGAGACAGAGUAUAUCCAAAUAUGUCAUAAAACUAUCUGGAAAACCAGAUGUGUAUUUCCUCCCUAAUCUUUAUACUGCUUGUUGCUAGUAAUCAUGUGGAAAAAUUGUGCUACUUGUCUUUUGGUGGGUGUAUUUUUAAAUUAUUGAUGGUUGCUUUUCUAAGUUUAUAAAUACCUAUUUUUUUUACUAUUCGUGGUUUCCAAUCUAUUUCUUCUCCUUAAUUCUAGGGAAAGAUGUUGUUUUCAUUUCUUAAAGUUUAUUGAACUUUUCAGCUGGUAACUUUUUAGCUUUUCAGUUGGUAAUGUUUGCAAUCCAAUCAUAAUUGCAUUUCCCUCUACAAAUCCCAUUGAACUGAAGUGUCCAAGGGACAAACAUGGAGCAUCCAGUUCUUUCUAUUUUCUACUAAAUGAGAAUGGGCCCGCCUGCCACCUCUGCUUAUACUAAGCAAUCCAUGAACAGCUCCUUCAUAGCUUGCUCAGUGUGUUGUUCAAACCCAGACUGCUGGCUUCUUUAGGGGCUAAACUGCCCAGCAGUUAACCCAUGGCACCCGCUUUCUCAUGCACAUUCCCAAUAUUCCUUGGGUUGUUUAACCCAUGGGCUGUCAUUAAUGUUCAAACUGGUCCAGCAUUUUGGUGCUGAUUUGUUUUUCUACUUGCAAAAUAUUUCUGCUUACCUUUGAAACUUAUCAGUGUUGCUUACUGAGCUCUACAAUGAUUUGCUGCAUAUCAGAUAAUUACAGCACAAUCCAGCCAGAAUUAAGCACUUUAUGUUUUGUUGGUUUUACUGGGAGAAUUAAGCACUUUCUUCAAUCUCUCCCAUUAAGUCAAUGAGACUGACAAGUUCUUAACUUUGGCUGCAUUAUACUGGUAAUGUUGGGUUUUGUAAAAUGCCAAAAAAAAUGUUUUCUUAAAUUUAAACUUACGAAACCAUAUUUACAGUCUUAAGAUGUGUUUUUAAAACUGGUUUCUUUAAACUGUUCAUUAGACAAAGCUUAAAAUGGUGUGGGAUGGAA